AUGGAGCUCUCAGCGGUCGUGAAUGGGCCGGAAGCAUGUGAUAAGGUGGAUGAGGGUAUUUUGUCGUCAUCCAAGCGAAACUUGCUGACGGAUACAAAUGGAGUGUGGAAGGAUGUGGGUGGCGACAGCAACGAUAUGCAGCAGGCAGUUACUUAUGGCUAUCGUCCUUAUGUCCCGCCAAAACAGAAGAGUGGCAACAUCCAGACGGCGAAAUUAUGGGUGGCAACUGUUAUACGUGUCAAGCCCGACACGAACGUAGAACCCGCAAUUCUUACUUCACUUGCGACAACGGAAUUGAUCAGUCUCCAAAAGCUAUUACGUUACGCUUUUGAGAAGAACGCUUACAGCAAUAAACAACACUGCUUUUAG